CUCUUGAUUUUGCAUUUGAAUUGUGUUGGAGUUGGAGUUGUUUUUGGUGCAAUAUUCAGAGGGUUUAGUUCUCUUGCAUUCCUUUCUCCCAACACUUUGAAGCUGAACAAACGCCAUGGAGGGUCAAUCUUCAAAUGAAGGCUCCAGUUCCACCAAUGUUUCACCAAACUCUUGUGAUUCAACCGUUGAGCUCAAUAUCAAAACUUUAGAUCCCCGAAUCUACAAUUUUCAAGUUGAAAAAAAUAUGCCCGUUUCCUUGUUGAAAGAAAAAAUUGCAAAUGAAAUAGGCGUACCGGCUAAUCAGCAACGACUCAUAUUUAGAGGAAAAGUUUUGAAGGAUGAACUCGUUCUUUCUGAGUAUCAAGUUGGGAAUGGGCAUACAUUGCAUUUAGUUGAAAGACAGCCAAAUCCGCCGCAGAUUUCUGGUACGGCUUCUGUUGAGACAAUUACUACAAACAGUAACCGAGGAAACGAUGCUGGAUCAGGUGCUCCUCGUAACCGUGUUGGGCAAAUUUCACACGGCGUGGUUCUUGGGACUUUUAAUGUGGGGGAACAAGUUGAAGGCACUGCUCAAGACCUUACUAGGGUUAUUGGGGCAGUUUUGAAUUCUAUUGCCAAUGGGGGCCAGAGCACGAUUAAUUUUCCUAAUUCCACACAACAUUCUUCAGCACCAAUCUGGUGGGCAGAUUUGGCUCCACAGCAUGGUAUAGAGCAGGGGGAAUCUGAUCCCAAUGAUCUGGCCUGGAGGAGGAAUGCAUCAAGUGGAAAUGUGAGGCCCAUGAGACUUGAUCAGUUUUACGAUUUGUUGGAGGGACUGAUGCAGCACCCGAAUAGGAUAUCAGUUCAGAUGCUCAUGAGAUAUGUUGAGGCAAAUGGAAGAAUUAAUGGACUCCAACAAAAUGAUUCUACCUGGUGGUCUUUUAUUUCUUUUGCAGCUGGGAGUGUGCGUGAUCUUUCUCCAACACAACAUAAAUUCUUACUAAUAUUAUUUGCUGGCAUCCUAAGUGUCCUCACAAAAACCUGCACCACUCGAUUUGAAUCCUUUCAAGUUGGAAAAAUCACAGACACCCCUGAGGAAACAUUUUAUGCAUUCUUCCUAGAAGUAGCACAUAUCAUCAGUUUCAUAAUAUGCUGGAUUAUAACUUUUAUCCUCAUUUUGCCGCUACAACAUGCACUCCAAAUAUUUUUUGGGCUACUUUGUUCAGCAAUCAUUUAUUUUGUUCGGCUGGAAGAAAAGACUUCAGCUUCAGGGGUUCAUGUGGCUUGCGGAGACUCAUUCAAGUUGCCUCUGUUUUGGUUUGCAAUUAUACAUGCUGUUGGGUUUUCUCUUAUUAUUGGGUUAAUGGUAUUCCUAAUUGCUUACUUGAGUUGGGAGUUCAUACAUAAAGGGAAUCCAAGAGUCGUGGAAGUUAGUUUACAAAUAUUGGUGGGGAUGCUAUUGACCUUUUCAGUAGUCUUUUAUUUGGCCAUGCCGUGGCUAAAUGAUUCAGCUUCAGGGGUUUUCGAGGCUUGCGGUGGCUUAUUCAAGUUGCCUACUUUUUGGUUUGCAAUUUUAAAAGCUGUUGGGUUUUUUCUUAGUAUUGGGUUAGUGAUAAUACUAACUGCUUGCUUGAGUUGGAAGUUCAUACAUAAAGGCAACCCAAGAGCUGUGGAAGUCAGUUUGAUUUUUAGUUUGAUUUCCGAUGAAUGAGUAGUGUUUGGUGAUUUUAACGUGAUUAAUUGCCAUCAGUAUCAUCUAAACACUCAUGCACUCUUGUUUUUUCUUUAUAUUUGAAAUUUUGAUGUAGAAUAGAGAAUAUGUGGGGAUGAUGAUUGAAUACUAGCCACUAUUUGUAAUUGAUGACUUGAUAUAUAUGUAACUAGUAAUUUUUCUUUA